AUGCCACAUCUCAACAAAUCGACACUUUGUGGAGGGAUUGCAAAGAUCGGUGCGGGAACCGCAGCCACCACUUUUGCUGUUCACAUAGAGCUCCUUCGUGGCUGCUCACCAUACUUUGAUCGUUACUUCGGGCUUCCACUGGACGACAAGUUCUAA